AGCAGAAGCGAGGCACCCUCGCUGCCCCCGGCAAGAUGGGAGACCCCUUCAGGUGCUGGGACAAGUUCCCAUCCCGCAGCGAAUACGACAGCAGCUCCCCCCUUCCACGGUCCAACAGCUUCGCCCGCCCCAGUGGGAAAAGCAUCUACAACCAGCGCAAGGACUACAGCCAGACCCUGCUCAAGCCCCAAAGCGAUUUCCAGCACCACGUUGAGCACCUGCUCACAGUGCGCCUGGAGAGGGACAUCCGCAGCGCCGAUGACUGCCUGGAGCACCUGAAGGUGCUGGAGGCUCAGGGACGGGUCUGGGGGCAGGACCUCAUCCUGCAAGUCAAGGACCAGGAACUGGUGCUGAGGGAUGUAGAGAGCAAGGAGGAGGUGGACACUUACCCGCUGGGCAGCGUGCAGGGCUGCUCGGCCAUGCUGGGCGGCUGCGGCUACGACUCGGUCUUGGCCAUCAGCGUGCGGGAGCGGAACCCCCCGGGGACCAGCGUCCUCCUCUUCCAGUGCCAGCAUCUGGGGGCAGAGACGCUGAAGAGCAGCCUGGAGAAGCUGGUGAAGCGGUGGAAGGAGGAGCAGAGGAGUCAAUAUGGGCACAGGAGCAGCCUGGACUCGCCGCCGAGCCUGCCCCCCCCAUACGCGCAGGGUCCCUACGUGGCCCCAAAUCGGUGGGCAGAGACCCCCGAGCCCGACUUCCACGCGCCCCCCCAGCGUGGGCUGCCCUCCUCGGACUACAGCUCAGUGGACACCCAGCGGAUGCCACGGACUGACCCCCCCGGCCAGGUCACGUCCAGCGUGGACCGCGAUGUUGAGGUCCUUAACCACGUGCUGAGCGACUUGGACCUCUUCAUGGUCCAGCUGAAGACAGCCCUGGGCAUGGACGGCACCGCCAACGGCAAGAAGAAGAAGAUGAAGAAGAAAGCUCUGCCCUCCAAGGGUGACUACACAGAGUUUUUCCAGAAGGUGAAAUAUGGCCUCAACCUACUGGGCCGGACCCACCAGCAUGUGCGGGACCCGGACCCCUCCCAGCUGCUGCACCUCAUCUUCACGGCCCUCUCCUUCGUGCUGCAGCACUGCCCCAGCCCCAGCCUGCCCGCGGCGGUGGAGGCGCCGCUGCUGCUGCCGGAGGCGCUGGAGCUGCUGGAGAAGACCCUGCACCAGGACCACCACCGCACCUGGAAGACCCUGGGCAUCGCCUGGAACAAGCCCAGGGCAGAGUACCCCAACGGCAACCUGGUGCCCCACUACAUCCCGGUCUUCUCGGAUGGGUGGCUGCCCCCUCCCAUGGAGCAGGUACAGCUCGGGGGGGGGCAGGACCUCCCGCCACCUGCCUCAGUUUCCCCAAGUCACUCUCAACACGCGACCCCCUCUCUGCUCCCCGCGCAGUCACCGCUCGCCGGCCGGAGGGACAGUCCCGGCCAAGCCCUCCCUGCCCAGGGGCUGGUCCAAGCCCUGUAUGAGUUUCAGGGCAGGAACCCGCAGGAGCUGAGCGUCAGGGUGGGGGACACGCUGCAGGUCCUGGACCAGCGGAACAAGUGGUGGCUGGUGCAGAAUGGCUGGGGGGACAAGGGCUACGUCCCCAGCAACAUCGUGGAGCCCCUGGGGCAGGGGCACAGGGGGGGGGACAGUGCCAGCCAGGACAGCCCCCCCAACCUGCACCCCAACUCCUCACCGGCGGAGGUCACAGCCUGGCUGAAGGACAAGGGCUUCUCACGGAUCACAGUGCGGUGCCUGGGGGUGCUGACGGGGUCCCAGCUGCUGCAGAUGAGCCCGGCGGAGCUGCAAGCCGUCUGCCCCGAGGAGUGGCGGCGAGUCCUCUUCAAGCUCUCCUCCGCCAGGACAUCCCUGGGGAUGGACCCCAGGGAUUGAGCCACCGCGCUGCUGUCCCCACCACGCACCCCGCAGGAUGGAGCACCCCAGGCACUGCAGGACCCAGGGGGGGGGGGACCCCACACCCCCAACCCACCUGGCCCCCCCAAGACUGAGAGCCUUGGGGGUUAGGGGACAUGUCACCCCCAAAACCACCGAUGGCACAAGGCUGCUGGGAGCCCCCCCCCGCUGCACCAGAGGGCACGCCUCCCCCCGGGGAGAUGUGCUGCUGGGGCCCCCCAGGGAAAGUGGGGGGGGGGGGGGCGGGCAACGGGUGUGCACCCCUCAAAAUGUGUAGCGAUGGCUGUGGAAAAUAAAGAGUGACAGAACCAGGGUCUGCAAGGGGGCCACCCCACUGGGGCAGGGAGGGGGCCACGGUGUGCCA